UGAGGACCUGGGGGAGUUCAUGGAGAUGAAAGGUGCCAGCAGCCCUGGGAUCCUCGUGCUGACCACCGGCCUCAGCAAGCCCUUCAUGCGCCUGGACAAGUACCCCACGCUGCUGAAGGAGCUGGAGAGACACAUGGAGGAUUAUCAUCCUGAUAGGCAAGAUAUUCAAAAGUCUAUGACUGCCUUCAAAAACCUUUCAGCCCAAUGUCAAGAAGUACGAAAAAGAAAAGAGCUCGAACUGCAGAUCCUGACAGAGUCCAUCUGGAGCUGGGAGGGAGAUGACAUUAAGACGCUGGGCAAUGUCAUUUACAUGUCCCAGGUCAUGAUUCAGUGCGCAGGAAGCGAGGAAAAGAAUGAAAGAUACCUUCUACUCUUCCCAAAUCUCUUGCUAAUGUCUGCCAGUCGGAUGAGCGGUUUCAUUUACCAGGGAAAGCUACCAACGACCGGAAUGACAAUCACAAAGCUUGAGGACAGUGAAAACCAUAGGAAUGCAUUUGAAAUAUCAGGGAGCAUGAUUGAGCGGAUACUGGUAUCUUGCAACAACCAGCAGGACCUACAUGAGUGGGUAGACCACCUGCAGAAGCAGACGAAGGUUACGUCUGUGAGCAACCCCACCAUCAAGCCCCACUCUGUGCCAUCUCACACUCUCCCCUCCCAUCCUAUCACUCCAUCCAGCAAGCACGCGGACAGCAAGCCUGUGGCACUGACGCCUGCCUACCACACUCUCCCCCACCCCUCUCACCAUGGCACCCCUCACACAACCAUCAGCUGGGGACCCCUGGAGCCUCCGAAGACCCCCAAGCCUUGGAGCCUGAGUUGCCUGCGGCCUGCACCUCCCCUUCGACCCUCAGCUGCUCUCUGCUACAAGGAGGACCUUAGUAAGAGUCCCAAGACAAUGAAAAAGCUGCUACCGAAGCGCAAACCUGAACGGAAGCCUUCAGACGAGGAGUUUGCCUUACGAAAGAGCACAGCUGCUCUGGAAGAAGAUGCCCAGAUUCUAAAAGUUAUCGAAGCUUACUGCACAAGUGCAAAGACACGGCAGACACUCAAUUCAACAUGGCAAGGCACUGACCUGAUGCAUAAUCACGUCUUGGCUGAUGACGACCAAUCAAGUCUAGACUCCUUGGGUCGUCGCAGUAGCCUUUCUCGUUUGGAGCCCUCAGACCUGUCGGAAGACUCUGAGUACGACAGUAUAUGGACAGCCCAUAGUUACAGAAUGGGUUCUGCAUCCCGUUCACGCAAAGAAUCUGCGCCACAAGUUUUGCUUCCAGAAGAAGAGAAAAUUAUCGUUGAAGAAACUAAAAGUAACGGUCAGACAGUGAUAGAAGAAAAGAGCCUCGUGGAUACUGUGUAUGCAUUAAAGGAUGAAGUCCAAGAGUUAAGACAGGAUAACAAGAAGAUGAAGAAGUCCUUAGAGGAGGAGCAGAGGGCCCGCAAGGACCUGGAGAAGCUGGUGAGGAAGGUUCUGAAGAACAUGAACGACCCUGCUUGGGAUGAGACCAAUCUAUAGGGUGACCUCAUUCUCACAGGCUGAAGACCAGCAAUUCCCAGACCAGGCCAGGGCCCUUGGCCUCAAGCAGGGUGACAUUCAAGACUGAGGAAAGUGGUCUUCAUCAGGCAAAUGGCAGUGAUCAGGCCAUUGCUGAAGCGGCCACACGUGAGGUAUAAACACUGAGGACCAGGCUGUGCACUGUCCCUCUCCUGACAUCUCUGACCUCAUUCUGCAGUGACUGACCAAAGUCCUGGCUUUCGGACUUCUAAAUGAAUAUAUAAAUACCGUAUACAUGUACUUCUUGUAAAUACUGCAUUCUGAACACACACCUGAGAUUGUGGCUGGGCUCACCCUCUUCUAGGAUUUCUUUCUUACCAACCUUUCUGGCCACGGGGACUUGAAGUAGGUGUCUGUGCAGCUUUGGUAGCAGCUGCCUGCUCCCUGGUGGAGAGCUGCCUGGGCAUCUGUCUGCCUCAUUCUGCACAGCGGGGGCUCCAAGGUGCUGUCAACAGUGCCCUACUUGAGCACAUUGAACUUGUGUUACCAGUCUUCUCUUACUGCAGUAUUCCAGUCUGAGACCUGUGACCAUGCCCAGGGCAUCGUAGUAGCUGGGUAAGACUCAGCCUGAAUUCCAGGAACUCAACAUCACCAUCUGCCUGUGAUGCUCGCUCCUGCUGCCCUGUCUGGAUGGAAUCUUUUGUUACAGAAGUGUAUCACAGGGUGGAGAAGUGGGUCAGCCUUGCCUACAGAGGCUCAUUUAGAAACCUGACAGAGUGUAGUUUGGUCCUCCCUCGAGAGAACUAGACCCUGUACAUAGAUGGAUUAUUUAUUACAUAUUCUACAGCCAGUGAGCACAGUGGUGCGCGAGCCUAUGCUGCCAGGGAGUGAUUUCAGCCAUGAGCUCUGCUUUGCCACUGGCUAUUGCCAGCACUGUUUGGGUCACUGAAACCCCUCUUUCCCCUCUGUGAUAAAAAAUAAAGCAAUACAUACCUGAAGUUCAGUUGAACAGUGAAAGCCCAGAAUGAGGAGCACCCCUGCCAUGCCCCACCCUACUCUGCUGCCCCUCUGGGCUCAGGUGGGCUCCGAGAGGCCAGUGGCCUGGGUUACAGCCCUGUUAGUGGGGCCAGGCCUAGAGACCUGUCCAUGGGUCUAGGGCUUCCUUUUGCUUUGGCAAUAAGUAAUAAUGACCUCAGGAGCUUAGAGGUCAGUUUUGAAGCCAGAGAAACUUUUCCAUAGAGAAGUGUUAAGUCUUUAAGACUCAAGUGGCAGCACCGUUGCAGGUGCCUCAGGACAACCUCUGCCCUCAGACAUAACGGCGUGGGAGGUUUUUGAGUGGGGCGUCUGGAGGCACUUUGUGUUCUGUUCUUCCUUCACACUCUAGCUGAUUCCAGUCUCUGGCCCCUGCUGGUUUCCUGCCAGGACCAGGCACAGGUCUGUCAGGACUCCCCAGUUUACCCGGCUUCAUUUAGAUCACUCGCUAGACUCUAACUCCUGUUAGCAUUUUACCCAUUUGUGCUAGGAUAAGAAAAGAUCAGGUGUUUUUGUUCUAUUUUGUAAGCCCUGUUUUUACAAGCAUUUUGGUGAUCCAUGAGACAUAGCAGCAGAACAGUUAAGAGUUAAGUGCGUUUGCUGUCACAGCAGAUUUUAACUCAGGAACAACUCUCCUCGAAUCUCUCCACCACUGGCGACAGGUGGCUGGGGUUGCUGCACCUCCUCCAGCAAGAGUAAACGAAGAUGGUUCUUAACCACUGCUGAUGUCGCCGUCCAUGCCCAGGACGAUCUCUUAUAGACCUGCCUUAAUGAUAUGCUUGGAGUAUUUUAUAACAAUACUCACAUUUCUAACAUCCCUUUCCCAGACAGGGUGACCAGAGGUUGUGUUUUGACAUGUUGCCUUUUCUUUCUGUGGAUCCAGCAUCUUCCCAGGCUCUCCAGAGAGCGAGCAAGGAUCUGUGAGAUUGAUUCAUUUUGUUGUGGGGGGAGGGGUGUUUGAAACAGGGUCUCCCUGUAACCCCAGCUGGCCUAGAACUUGACCAGGCUGGCCUUGCUCUCACAGGAUGGAUCUGCCUGCCUCUGCUUCCUGAGUGCUGGGAUUAAAGGUGUACAUGACCACAUCUGGCUUGAGAUUCUUUUUAAAAACCCACCCUGCCGUACAGACCCAUGUCUCUCUCAGCACAUCUCUUGAGGAUAGGGCUUUUAUACCAAUGAUGCAGGGGCACCAUUCACCAAGGGUUACUUCUCUGCUCUCUGAGGAAUGAGGAGACAAAGCCGUUUCCUAUCCUGUAGAUGUGAAGCACUUCCCAUUCUCAACCAUGUUCAGCAGCAGCUGAAGCUCCAUUGUACUCUCCUGUCUGCUGUCCUCAGGCUUGGGCCCAGAAUGCCUGCCGCGCCUGUGUACGCCUCCAUGCCAAUCAUCCCACUUCCUCGGGAUGCCUAGGGCGCUGGCUCCACGGGAAGCCCAGACUUGGCGGGCAACACUGGUGUUGACCACUACAAUCUGUGUGCUACAUUCUUGUAAUUAUUAAACUCAUUAUUUUUCUUACU